AGUCUGCAGCUGCAGUUGUUUCACGUCAAAACAAUCCGGAAGACGAUACAGCAUGACGGAACUGUCGGUGCAGCUGAGAGGUUACAAGGCUGAAACAAAAACAUUCAUGUUUUAGCGCUGCAUAACAAUGUUGCGACAAAAAGGACAACCAUAGCGACGCAGGUUUUUUCUCUAUUGUAUCCUAUGAGUCUCAAGUCCAGAUCGGUGCAUAUCCAAAGUCGCGCUUGUUUGUUUUUUGGAUAUAAAGUCCAUGUUUGUUAACAGAUCGUAGCAGCUCCAGAUUAUCUAGUGCUAUAGCUCGUCGCAGAGUGGUCCAGAGUCAUCAUGGGCAAUGGAAUGAAUAAGGUUGUUGAUGGACUCUACCUUGGGAAUAUAAGAGAUGCAGAAAACAGAGAAAGCCUGUCUCAGAACGGCAUCACCCACAUCCUGUCUGUGUAUAACAAUGCCAAGCCUGUGUUUGAGGACAUGACUUACCUUUGUAUUCAUGCAGCUGAUGCCUCCAGCCAGAAUCUGUUGCAGCAUUUUAAAGAAUGCAUCAGUUUCAUCCAUGAAAGUCGACUGAAUGGUGGAUCUUGUCUGGUUCACUGCCUUGCAGGUGUGUCCCGCAGCACCACUAUGGUGGUGGCCUACCUGAUGACUGUCACCCACUACAGCUGGGAAGAGUGUCUGUCUGCGGUCAAAGCUGUUCGCUCUUUUGUCGGUCCAAACUAUGGCUUUCAGCAGCAGCUGCAGGAGUACCAGACCACACAAGUCUCAGAGUACAGAGCAUGGUUACGGUCCAGUUUCCGUCCCAGUCCAUUUAAUGACCAGGAUCAGGUGGGUGCCCUACUGAGGCAGUACACAGAACAACAGGAAAGCCAGAGGAGAGGAGCAGACCAAUGCUGGAUAAAUCGGGGUGUAGGUGUCUGCUCUUUACCGUCCGACCCUGAUGAGCCUGAAGGCAGCAGCUGAACCGUGGGCUUCUGGUCAUGCCAACGUUCUUGUCCAGUGCUGUCUGAAAAUGGCAGUAGCUGUUACUUUGUACUCAAUUCCAAAUCAACUCUGAGUUGUAUCUAACAUUAAGGCCUUUGUACAACUCUUUAUACUUUAUUUUCAUCUGUUUAGCCACUUUUAAGCAAUGGAGGUUGAUUUAGAAUUGGGUGACACACUACACUACCAGUACCUCCCAUGUACAGCCACAACAUGGGUAUCAGUGCUCACAGACGCCUUAUUCUAAACACCUCAGCACCUUAGCCAUGAUAUAAUAACCUGUACUUCCACAUGGACUCUUACAUCCUGUAACGUUCAGCAUGGUAGCCUUAUAGAGAGGUGAUUGAUUAACGCUGUCUUAAAGGAACAUUUUGCCUCUAAUUAUGUGCAGGUCCAGUCUGUGCUGGCAAGAUAUGAAAAAUCUAUGUAAAAUGUACAACCAAUUUGAUGCUCAUUAUUCUAACACAGGAAAUGUCAGUCCAAUUGUGAAAGUAAUUGUCCCUAUAAGUACAGGUAUGCAAAAACUCUGUCAAAUGUUUAAACACAAAUGAACAAUUAUUAACUAUUUAAUAUACAAUGAUCAUGGAAUUGUUCGCACUAGCCACCUACACAAGUUAUAACAACAACAAAACAUAUUACUGUUGCACAUCACUGCCCAUGUAGUAAACAGCAUGUGUUUAUAGAAACCAGUAGGAAACUGCCCUUUCAUCCCAGUUGGUACUUUUUGGUUUAUUUGAAGAAAAUUUCAAGGAGUCUGUUGUCACAUAUCUCAGCACACUAAACUGUAUCAUCUGCAGGAUCCAGAACCGACAACUGACAGCAGAACAUAUUCACUUCAGUAGAACAAAUGCUGUGAGUUGGAUCUACCUCUUAGUUCCACAUAGCUUUGUCUUUAUUGCCUCGGCCAGAGCUUCUGCUGAGUUAUCUCUUAUCUGGCAGAAGAGCCCAAGAACAAAGAUAGUAUACUUACAACAGCCAAACCCUUGUUGUAGUUUGCCUGCCAUGAGCUGCUGUCAGAUAAGUGAGAUAGUGGCCUUAUUUUCUGUUUUGUUUUGUUAACAAGGCUACUACAUUUGUAUAGAGAUGUAGAGAACAUUGGUUCAUACAGGAGUAACAUAAGUAUCAAAAUUGGCUAAAUGUUCCUUUGAGUAAUACACUGCACUUAAUUUGAGAGGCUAUGUAAAAUAUGGUUAAACUAUAACUACACAUGAAGGAUCUCUGCAGUCCAAAAGUCUUCCUGAUUUUAACGAAACUCUAAUUUUUAUUUUUUAUUUUUUUGUGGAAAAGCUGAUUUUUUAGGGAAUUUGUGUUACACAUCUGUGGGUACAGUUAAGUAUUUUAAUUGCAUAUUUAUGGUGUUUUUUGUUUGUGUUUUAUAAUAAAAUGCAGCGAUUGACAAAAAAUAUGGAAGUGCUAAUAAAUCUGUACUAUCAGUGA